GGAGUGCCCGACCACGAGAGCAGCUGCGGGCUGAGAAUUCUGAAAACUCCUCCCUCCCUGGGCUGUGGGCAGGGUUGCUGGAACACUUUCAGUUUUGUUUCUCUCUCUGUCCGCAAGAACUGAAACUGGACGAAGUCUCCAGAGGCAAGAACAUGGAGGGAGACUCUCAGAUGUGCAGGAACUGCAAAAGAAGCGUGGCGUCUGCGCAUCUGGCCCUGCACGAGGCCCACUGCCUGCUGUUCCUGGUCCUCUGCCCGGAGUGCAAGGAGGCCGUCCCGCAGGAGAAGAUGGACGAGCACUGCAGGGGCGGGCACCAGCAGGUGGGGUGUGCCAUGUGUCAGCAGAGCCUGCCGAAGCACUCGCUGGAGGUUCAUGAGGCCACGGAGUGCCAGGAGCGCCCGGUCGAGUGCAAGUUCUGUGAGCUGGCUGUGCGCCUCAGCAAGGUGGAGCUGCACGAGCACCACUGUGGCCAGCAGACGAAGCUCUGCCCCGGCUGCGGCCAGCUCUUCAUGCUCCAUGUGCUGGCCAAGCACAGAGAUGUGUGUCGGGGCGAGCAGGCCCGGCUCCAGGAAGGGCAGAGAAUUCCAGCUCCUGAAAGCAACAUCUGCUGUGAUUAUUGCAACCAAAUGAUUCCAGGAAAUAAGUAUAUAGACCAUCUGGUGAGUAGAAAUUAGUCAUAUUCUAAUGGUGCCAAUAGCCAGUCCAUGUUCCAAAAAGUAUGACAUGAACGGUAGAUUCUGGAUCCAAUUUGACACUUCAUGGACAUUAGAGGUUCCCAUAUUCAGUCUCGCUUUGUUCAGAAAGGGGUGUUGUAAUUGCUUUAGGCUAACUUAGCACGCAUAAUUAGUCUCCAACAGCACCAGCCCUUCAAGGAGCCUCCCUGACCAGUCCAGCUUUCUCCAACCACCUCCAAUCAUCUUCAACCUUCAGGGCCUGAACAUUCCAAUUUGGUCAUCAAUGGGACCUACCUUAUCAUUUUAUGCCCCUCGUGGGAGUCUUUUCUGUUAGACUGUGAGCUCCUGCAAAAGUGAGUGACUUUCUCCUUCCUACAGUAAAGCUGGUAUCAGGGCUGGGUACCAAAAGGGCACUCUGUAAAGGUGUAAUGAUGUGAUUAACUGACUGAAUUUGCCUGGGAACAUUCACAGACUCCUCUCUCCAUCACUCUGAGCACCUUUUAGUGCAUUAGCUGUGCCAAGUUGCUCCCCUCUUUUGCUGGAUGGAGGAUUUUUCUUCCUGGGGAAGCUUACCAAGGCUUCUCUCCAAAGAACCCAUCUCCUUCUCCUUGGAUGGAGAGCUGUUUAUCCUUUCUUCCCCUUCAGUUCAGAGAACUAUGAAUAUCAGAAUUAAAUGAUGACCUAGGGAUGAUCUAGACCUUCUUGUUUAUCGUGGGAAAACACAUAUAAAACGUACCACGAAUAAUGUCUCGAACAUUCACAGUGUUGUGCAGCCACCACCGCUGUCUAGUUCAGGAAAUUCUCAUCCCCCAAAAAGAAAGCCCGGACUCAGAAAGCAGUCACUCCCUACUCCUCCCUCUCCGCAGCCCCCAGCAGCCACUAAUGCUUGCUUUCUCUAUGGAUUUACCGAUUCUGGACAUUGCCUGUGAAUGGAAUCAUAUAAUCUGUGAUCUUAUGUGAUUAGCUUCCUUCUCUGAGUAUCGUGUUUUCAAGGUGCAUCCAUGUUUAGCCUGUGUCAGUGCUUCAUUCCCCUUACGGCUUUUUAAUGGUCAUACUACACUUCGCUUAUCAUCUGUUGAUAGACAUUUGGGUCUUUUCUAUCUCUCAGCUCCUUGCUUUUUGAAGUGUGGUCUGUGGACCAGCACCGUCACCUGGAAGUUUGUUAGGAAUGCAGAAUCUUAGCAUUGUCCCUAGAAAUGGCAAAUCAGAAUACGUAGUUUCACAAGGUCCCUUGCGUUUCAACUUCGAGAAGCACUGCCCCAGCCAAGUGAUUCUCAGCCUUAGCUGCACACUGAAAGCACUUGUAUAUUUGUUUUCCUUAAUACUGAUGAUUAUUCUAGUACAUAAGUGGUCCAUGACUUUCAUUUGAAUCAGAAGAUGCUUGAUGAGCAUCAAAACAAGAGGCAAGCUGACUGUUUCCCUCAAAAUGUCCAGAUUGGCAACCAAGGAUACCUGCGCUCUUACUUGAGGACGCUACUAAACAUGGAACUAGGUUUGUGGUCAGAAACCCUGGAUUUCAGUUCUGCUCUGCCACUUACUGGCUGUGUAGCUUCUUUGAGCCUCUUUCUUCUUUGAGGAAAGUGGGAAUAAUGAUUUGUCUGCUUCUUCAUGAGACGAGAACAUCCAUUACCACUGACCACCAGAGGUACCCCGGGUGAGCACGCACAUGCACACACGCUGCUUCCCACCUGUCAAUCAUAGAGGAGAUUUCUGUGUUCCCGUCUAGAGGUGAUGUCGCUCCUCUGCUCCAGCAACGCUCCCCACUCUCUCUCCUACAACAGGGCAAGGUGGAAUGAGCUACACAUGUAGGCAACAACAGAGUCUCAAACUGUCCACUCCAGUAUGUUCUAACAUUUGUUAUGAUAAGCUUUUAAAGGGGUAAUAUGAACAAAUAAUUCUGUUGGUGGUGCCAUCUUUGGCCUUGCAUGGAAAGCAUUCCAUCUCUCUCUCUCUCUCUUAAAUUUGCAAGUCGGGACUGAAAUCUUUCAUAUCAUGUGGCUUUAUGGUUCUCGGUCUUUCACUUUAUAUUAACAUGACCUCAAGACAGAGAAAUAAAAAGUACUUCUCUGAACCUCAUUUCCUGCCAGCUGCCAUUUUCUUUCUUUGUUCCUCUUUGUAGCAAAAUGUGUAGACAAGUUGUCUAAAGUCUUUGAAUCCCUUUCUUCUCCCAUUCUUAAACCCACUCCAAUCUGUCUUCAUGCCGCCACCCCAAAAACUGCUCUUGUCAAAGUCAUCAGUGACUUUCACGUUGCUAAGACCAGUGGUCAGUCCCCAGUCUAUGGGGAGCAGGUAACACCGCUGCUCAUCACUCCCUCGUCUGUUCAUGAUUCAGCUCGCCCCUUCCUUGGCUUCCAGAAUACCAUGCUCUCCUGGCCUUCAGUUACCUCACUGGUCUCCCCUCCUCUUGCUUCCCAACCUCUUAAUUUGGGCUGGGGGGUAGAGUCCACUCUCUGUAUUCUUCUUUACCUAUACUCAAUAAUAAUGCCUCAAUAAUUUCAUCCAAUCUUACGAUUUUUAAAAAUGUCUUAUAUAGGCAGACACUCCCAAAUUUAUACCUCAUUCCAAAAUUUUCUCCCAAGCUCCAGACUCAUACUCACAUAUCACUGGCUACUCAGCUUCUUCACUUGAGUGUUUCAUAGACAACCUAUUUUAAAUUGUCUCCCAUCCUACAUUCACCAUCCCCCUUACCUUUCUCUAUUCUUUCCCAAACAUUUAUCAACUUCUAACAUAUUAUCUGAUUCACUUAUUUAUCACAGCCCUUGUUAAUUGUCUCCUACCACCCCAGUUAAAAUACAAGCUUCAUGCUAACUACUUCCCAAACACAAAUACUCUAUUUUCUAAUUCUUUUGGCUAUUUCUUCUGGUAUUUAGUCCCAUAUUUCUAAAACAUCUUCUUAUACUGAUUUUUUUUUCAAUUUUAGGUAUUAUCUAUUAAUUCACAAGGAUUUAGGGAUAUAGAUUUCAUGUUCUUACACUACCUAUAUACUAUACACACCUCUAGGUUUCUUUCCUCCAUCCUCUCCAUAUAUUGAUAUCACCCAUUCUGAUUAAAUCAAUGUUAAAUUCUGGUUAAAUUCAAUGUUACAGUAUUAUGACCAUGUAAAUAUUACAAAUGGCUAUGCCAUACAAACUGUGAUUACAUUUACUUUCUUCUACAACUUUUUGUUUUCUCUGGAGUUAAUAAUUGCUUCAGUUUUUCAUUUGCUUCAUUUUCUAGGUACCCAUCCCUUAGUCAUCCCUAAAACUUUCCACCAGGGCUGAAAAUUUCCCCCUCAGUACAAUCAAACACAUCAGGUAUUCUAGCCUGUUCACUUUGGGGCAUGUUGCUCCCAGGCCUGAUGAGUAGUUGGGAACUUCUUCCCCUCUCUCCAGUGCUGAAGUUCUGUUCCCCAAAUUUUAGAUUCACGUCUUUGUCUUUCUUGGUUUACUUCUUCUUUGGUAGAGCAUAUCCUUGAAUAGUUUCUUGAGAAAGAAAGCACAGAAGACUAAUUUUUUAGACUUUGUAGGUCUGAAAAUGAUAGCGUCAAUGGCUACAGAACCUAUCUACCAUCUUAAAAUUUUAAAUGGCAUUACAAAAAAUUCUCAGACAAAUACAAAAGAAUGGAGCUAACAUAAUUAACCCCUGUGUAUUCGUCACCAGCUACAUCAACAAUCAAAAGUUUUCCACAUCUGUCUCAGCUAUCCUUUUUUUUUCUUUUCUUUUCUUUUUUCUUCUUUUCUGAAAGUAUGUUAAAGUAGAUCCAAGAUGUCUGGUCACUUGGCUCAUCAUUCUUUAAUAUACAUCUUUAAAAUAGUCAUUUUCUGCUAAGCACACACUCUACCACUGAGCUAUACCCUCCUC